GUUCGACGUCGAAUCUAUGCGACGCCCGCGCCCCGACGACGAUUUUUCUCACGCGGUUGUGACACUUUCGCGCGUUCCCGUGCGAACUGGUUCCCGGACCGAUUUUUCCACGGCUGUUUUCCUCGCAGCGGUGACCAGUGACGAGCAUGUAGGGAUUUUGUCUCCACCACCGCGGAAAAGUUUGCCGCCGCAACCGCCGCCACCGCCGCCGCCGUCGCCUUCGAUCGUGCACAGGCUCCGAUCGAUCUAUCGCGGCGCUCGAACGCGCGCUCGCUCGGCCUCGUUACUUUACCUCUACCGCCCUCGAGGAUAUUUGUCCCGUCCUCGGUUAAUUAUACGUGCCGCCGCAGUUUAAUGAUCUCUCGAACGUCGUUAGACAAAGUGGCCGCGUGGCGUCCGCUCGGGGCGUGAAGUUCCUCUCGCGGCAAGAGAGACAGAUACGAAGAGACAGAGAGACAACGGAGGGAGAUAGGAAAGAGCGAAAGAGAGAAAAAGAGAAGGGCCAGCUGGAAAAGACGAUGCGUCUCGGACGUCGACGACGCAACUUUGAGGAUCGUUGAACACCGAGCGACAAGUUAUCGGCGGGAUGUCAACGUCCUGCCUGUCUGACGUCCGUGACGGCGAUCUAGCAAUCCAUCGGCGCCGCGGACUGCCGCGACGACACACCGAGUUCGCGAGCACGUAAGAAGAAAGUUGUCGGGGAACUGGCGGCGAGGCUACCCUCUCCCGUUGGUUCGAGGACGCUUUUCAAUCGCCGAUAAAACCCGGGGCGAACGGGUUUCAGCCUGGGCUCUGCGUUCGAGUCCGUGAACGACGGUGAAUGAGGCCGGGCGACGAGCAGGCAAUCGGAGGCAAGGUGGCCGAGAAAGGGCGAGCCAGAAAAAUAUGGUACACGAGGGCACGGGUCUAUGGCACGACGCGGGAUUCAGCGUAUCGAGGUGGCUGAUGAUCAUAAUACACGGGUACCGGGUCACCACUCUCGUCCUAUCAAUCCUGUUGAACGUGCUGGUGCGAACCGAGUAUCCGACGGCGGUCACCGCGGAGAUAGUCGCCGCGAACGUGAACUCGUUGGACGAGGCCGUCACCGUCGACGUCGAUCUGCCGCCGACGCUGCCGAUGAGCUUCCGCACGGAGAACUCGACCGUCAUCUCGGCGCAGUCUAAAUCCACGGCCAUGCUGCCUUGCGUCGUCCAGAAUCUCGGAGACGGAAUGGUAUCGUGGAUCAAGCGGAAGAAGUCGCAGGAGUUACUGACCGUCGGGAUGACGACGUACUCGAACGACGAGCGUUUCCACGCGAUUCAUUUCUUGAACAGCGAGGACUGGACGCUCCAAAUAAAAUACGUUCAGCCGAGGGAUGCCGGAUUGUACCAGUGCCAAGUGUCUACCCAUCCGCCCACCAGUAUAUUUCUGUUCCUCGAGGUUGUCGAGGCGAGAGCAGAGAUAGCCGGCCCCCCGGAGAAGUUCGUGAGGCCGGGCAGCACCCUGCAGCUUCAUUGCCUCGUGAAAAAUUCGACGGAGACCCCCUCCUACCUGUUCUGGUACCAUAACUUCCGGAUGAUCAACUACGACGUCGAUCACGGGGUGAACGUCAGCACCGAUUUGAUCGGCAGGGAGAGCUGGCUGGAGGUGCCACGGGCCGCCGAUCGUCACUCCGGAAAUUACACCUGUGCAGCCAGCAACGCGCAACCUGCCCGAGUCCUGGUGCACGUGUUCAAGGGAGAUAAUCCGGCCGCCAUGCAGCACAGCAUCGCGUCCUCGCCAUCCGUCAUGGCGUGCAGCGCCCUAUUGAUGAUGUUCACCACGCUCGAGCUGGCCCUGCACUCCACGGCCACCGACUGACGCACGGCCGCCGGCGCCUAAGCCCUCCGAAACCGGUAGAAAACGCAGUGCGUGAUCGCGAAUACCUUAACCACCUUGGCACAACCGAGCGCGACCUUAUCGCCGGCCAGGGCUUGCCGCUUCCCUCCGAAAAUUGCUUACCGAAACGCUUUCGGAUCUGCCAGCCUCGGUCUUGCCGCCGGUCCCGCGGACAUUUUACGCGUUCGCUCGUUCUCCACGAGGCCUGCCGUGUUUCCGCGGGGAAACGCGGCUAGCAAAUUGUUGGAUCUCGAUUUUCAAUCGGUUUGCGCAAACCUUGGUUAUGUCGCUGAUUUCGCGGUCGUUUUACGCGUGGACUUUUGCAGCGACGUGACAGAAUUAAUUGGUAGCUUUCAAUCUUUCGAGUAGCUGCUCGGUUUGUGCAAACUUCGGUUUCGUCACUGAUCGCGGUGAAAUUUAUUUUAUUCUUCGAGCUUGUUUGUUUGUUACUUAAAGACUUUAAUUACAUUGUAGCUCGAUGUCGAGACAGAGAUUCGCAGGCUUAGAAUCUUCUGGUAUCAAAGCACAUGGUUUGUGCAAACCUCGGAUUUAUUUUACUCUUUGAGUUUUUAUCUGUCGCUUGGAUCCUGGCACUUAUUUCGCGAUCAGACUUGAAGGUAGAGAACCGUCGGGCUUGAAAUAUUAGGUUAUCGAGUCACAUGGUUUGCGCAAACUUCGGAUCCGUCGCUGUUCCCGCCGAAGCUCGUUCCCUUCCUCGUGCUUUUCAUUUCUUACCCGGUCUCGUCUUGCGAACAGAGAACAGCGAUAUGAAAUUUUCAGGGCGUCCACCAUUUCUCAUUGUCCACCCCGAAGCGAUUAAUCUAUCCCUCCGGUUUUUCUUUUAAUCCUGCUUGCAUCUCGAGCCGCGGGUUCCGUCGUCGGCAGCUCGGAAAUAAGACGUCUCCGCGGAAGAAUCCGUGCCUCUCCUUAAGCCGUGUAUAAUUCCCGCGAGCUUGAAUUCUUAAUCGUUCCUCCCGCCCCGUGAAACGAUGUGUUUAACCCCGCGAAUUUUUAACUUCGUUCGCCACCCGAGUUGCUAACUCAUUUUCGACACCGGAACCGGAACUGUCUACGAAGUAAAGCAGCCGGUGAACUCCGUUUCCCCGAAACUUUCGAGGUAUUUUCGACCGGAUAGUUUGCGAACGCCCGAGUUCCGCAUUGUCCUCCCCGCCUAAAAUUAGUUCCGCCCAUUGAAUUUUUAAUUCGCGCGCCAGGCCGCGGAUAUCCGUUCCGAGGCGCGGGACGCGGCCGCGGCGAACAGACAGAACGCUCGUCGACGCUCCUUAAAUUUAAAUUUAACUCGGAGCAUUCGGUGGCGGCGGCGGCAUAAUUGAUCGGCGCCCGGUUCGUUAAAUUCGAUCGGGAGUGAUCGGGUUUCCCGGAAGCGCGGCAAAACUUUCGCGCCCGGCGCGAUUUUUCGGAUCGAACGGAAGCCCUGGGACCUAGAUAAUUAAGGGAUUAACGACCGCGGCUGCGGCACGCUCGCGCGACCGUAAUUCGAGACGGUGCCUCGCGACGAGAGAGAGUCGUCGGCCUGGCCGUCGGCUCCCGUCGACCCCCGGGGACCUCGUCGAGUCGUCGAACGGAUCCACGAAAGGUGAGAGACGUUAUCGUGAUUACGUAUUGCAUGGACUAAGGCGCCGGAGAUCCCAGCCGACCGAUAGCGGAGAGGAUCGCAGAGGCUGUGCCCGUUCCCCUUGUUAGUAAUCAAACAUCCUGUAACAAGCUGGACCGAUUAUAUCUCUGUAAAUAGCGUGCCGGUGGCGUAUCGUUAAGCUGACGGAUGCUCAAGUAGCUACUUCGAAGGACGCUCACGCCGACGGACGGUGUCGCUUCUGAAUAAUGCAAAUCGUCGUCGUCGUCGUCGUCGUCGUCGUCGUCGUCGUCGUCGUCGUCGUCGUUGGCCAGGCCUGCGGAAAAAGAUUUCCAUCUUCAUCCCGGAACCGUUAAACGGGCUGUUUCGAGGGCGGGGGCGGCAGUCGAGGCGGCGCAGGGCGGUCGCAGAACGAUAAAUCCGACGUUCGGUAUCUCCCGCGCUGCUCAACCUGGCAAUUCCGCGUGACGCCGCUGUAUUAACUGUUGUGAUAUGUGUGAACGUAAGCUAUGUGUACUCCCGCGAUAAUAGAACCGUAAUUGUGUAAUCUGUCUGCGACGAGUGGCGGGAUUAAUGGCGGCAAUCCAGCCGCGAGCAAGAGUUUAGCGCCGGACCUCACCCCCUUCCCCUCCCCCACCGACUUCUCCACCUCAUCCUCCUCUUUCUCUUCAUGCUCAUCCUCAUCCUCCUGUCGACAAACUUUUCCGCGACGCUUCGUGACAACUUCAUACGGCGGUCAGUUAGCGCCGCGCUGAUAUUUGUUACUUUAAUUGCCGAGAACGAGAGCGGCCGCUGGCCAACGAGCGAUCUAGCUCAGCGAGAAUACCAGGGAUUGAAAGGGUUUCGGAUAUAACCGUUUCAAACUGUUAUGUAUACAUAUAUAUGUGUAUACGUCGGGUGUGACUGGCACGGUUGCGAAGAACUAAAAAAAAAUAACUGUUAUUAGGUGCGUCUGCGCCUAAAAUAACUGCUAUCCGGUUCUGGUCUGCAUCGGUCCCGGUUUUUUAGGACCGAUAUCAUAUCGAUUCUACAACUGUUACCUUUCGGUUGCGCAGCUUUAUUCGGUUGCGCGACUGUAAUAAAUACAGACGCGUUUCUUUUAUUUGUCCACGUAUUCUGUGUGCAUUCAAGUCGACCGACAGGCUGCGGCUAUGCGGCUGUUUUUGUCUACGAUACAGAACUGGAACGGAAAACCGGAAAAUCACAGUCACGAACAGCGGAUUUCAUGUAUUUAUGGGAAAAAAUUGAGUAGAUGCAAUUUAUAAAAUAGUACAAAGAUCGAUGGAAUUUUAAAUUGUCGGUGGAUUAUUUUUGAUCUAUUGGAACGAUUAAAGAAGGAACGAACUUGCUAUUUAGUUUCUACAUCUUGCGAACGAUCCAGACAACUUUUAUUUCGCAGAAAAAUCCGCGGUCUGCUCAUAGAGCAAGAUGUUUCCGAUUCUCCGUAACUGUUCCGAGAAGAAAAACCGAUAUCAUAACCGGACUGCGGAUUUUUAUGCGGAGCACAAUUUGUCCGACCAUCUCCGUUGCCUUCAGCUCUUCAGGAAGAGAAGAAGAAAAAUUACACAGACAUAUAUAUUUACUCUAUUACUCAAUAAUUACAAAACAUUGAGAAUAAUGUAACAGUGCUUUCGAAUCCUUCGAAUAUUCCUUACUGUCUCCCGUGCUCGGUCUACUGACUUUGAUCAAAAAUGCAUAAAUCCGCAGUCGAACCGUAACCGUUUUCAACCCCUGGGGAAAACGAAUGGAUGGAUGGCAACGCAGAGGUCGCGCGGACCACCGCCGCUUCGAAACCUGUCGUGUCCGCGAGACGAUGACACCCGGGACAACGCGUGCUUCUCCAACUUGGCCGAAAUGGUUGUCUGUGAAACGCGACGUCCGAGUUUGGAAAGCUCGAUACGGUCGACGCGAAGUUUUCCGGGCGAUGCGUCCGAACGAACAGCUUCCGAAGCCGCGGGCGCGGCCUGCGAAUCGAUUUCGUAUUUUUUAAUUAAAAUCAGCGGCCGAACGAGCCGGCUUAUAUAGCUCCCGAUAAACAUUUCGGCGAAGUUCCCGGACGGGGCGAACGCGCGCGUUACGGCGCGAACUUUCCGCGAACUAAUAACGGUUAUAUAUUCCAUAUAUUUCGGCCUACGUCCAGGUGCGCGUAAUUAAUCGUGAUAAUCCCGGCGUAAUGCAGCACCGCCUAACGACAUUAUCUUCCAUUGCCUUGCCCCGCACCGACCGACCUUCCUCAUAAUGUCCAAAUUAGUUCUACCUGACAUUCGCGAAAUGACCGUGCUCAGGUGUACACGCGGAUGGGACCGGCGCUUAGCUGGAUUUCGAAAAUUGUUGCGAGCGUGAGGCAUCGACUUGUCGGACCUCCCCCUCCCUCCCCCUGGGGCGGGGGCAUCUUUAAAGCCCCGAGCAUUACGGCCGAGAGGGUGGACGACUAAUUGUUGAGUCGCGCGAUAGGGCGAGCCCGAGCAAACGAACGGAAAGAGAGAUAUAAAUCGUAGGGACGCGAAACGGAAGAGAGAGAGAGAGAGAGAGAGAGAGAGGAACGAGAGUGAAAGGGUGUGAGAUCGAAUGAAAGGGAGAAUCUGCGUAGGCGAGAUACGAUUUGCUUUUGUCCUCGGUUUACGCCGCGACACAUCGAUUACACUAUCGCAGCGCUCGACGGUGACAUUAUUGUACAUACAUUUUCUACACAGAAUCGUUGAUCGUUAUCAAGAUUAAAUUUCUAAUAGGUAGAAGAGAGCCGUCUUCCUUUUCCUCGGGAAGAAGAGCACGGACGAUCAUCACGGACCACGAUACAUAAAACUAAUAUCGCAGCGUUAGAAUUGCCGCUUGCUCCGAGCAUAAUCCACUACAGUAGUAGACAACCGUUUCACAUAUUGUACACAUUGUCGACGAGGGAUAAUCUAAUUCUAUAAAUAAUAAACUUGAUCGUGUCGUAUCCGCGCGCUCUCGACGAUCGCCGAGCUCCGCGAUCGAGCGGGCAUCGAUAAUGCUCGCGGGUGAUCGCCUCGGCUAAAAUCGGUACGCGAAACGCUGCCGCGAAUUUUUUCGCGCAGGACAUCGCGGUUUUUCCGUUCUUUUCUUUUACGUUUUCGGCGAGCGAGAGCGACCGGCCACGAGCGAGUUUAACGUUUAUAUUAACGAUAGUACGCGUUAGACGAAAAGACGGUUUAUUUCAUGUGAUGUUCGACGAAUAUUGUCUCUGUCUGUUACAUGUAUGUAUAUAUAUAUAUGUAUAUGUUACGAACGUCGCACAAUGUUAAUCUCUCAUUUACGGUUGAAUAAAGUUUUCAUAUAAAAAUUCAA